GCAAGUGUCACACGACGUACGUCUAUACAAGUGGAUCGGACCAGAGUUCACCAAUCCAUCCGAAAGUAUCGUCGAGAAUAGACGUAUUUGUUAUUGUCGUUACGUUGAGUUGUCAUUGCUGAUAUAAUGAGCGAUUUGAGGUACGAUGGUCGUGUUGUCGUCGUCACAGGUGCUGGGGCAGGUCUUGGAAAAGCGUACGCCCUUCUGUUCGCCUCAAAAGGUGCAAAAGUGGUAGUUAACGACUUGGGUGGCGGAAGACACGGAGAUGGUAGCUCCUCGAAGGCCGCCGACGACGUCGUCGAGGAAAUCAAGAAAAAUGGUGGAACGGCCGUUGCGGAUUACAAUUCCGUUGUGGAUGGUGAUAAGGUAAUAAAAACCGCUUUGGAUAACUUCGGACGCGUCGAUGUCCUGAUCAACAACGCUGGUAUCUUGAGGGACAAAAGCUUUGCUCGUAUCUCAGACGUCGAUUGGGAUUUGGUGCAUGCUGUCCAUCUGAAGGGUUCCUUCAAGACUACUCAGGCGGCUUUCCCGAUCUUCAAGAAGCAGAACUACGGCCGCAUCAUCAUGACUGCAUCCAAUUCAGGAUUAUAUGGUAACUUUGGUCAAGCCAACUAUUCUGCCGCCAAGAUGGGAAUCGUUGGAUUGUCUAGUACAGUGGCCAUCGAGGGUAGAAAAAAUAACAUUCACUGCAACGUGAUCGUACCAACAGCUGCGAGUCGUCUGACUGAAGACAUCUUACCACCAGAGCUCUACGCUGAGCUUAAACCGGAGUUGAUUGCUCCAGUUGUUGCUUGGCUUUGCCAUGAGAACUGCACGGAGACUGGAUCCAUGAUUGAGUCAGGGGCCGGUUGGGCCGGAAAGUGCCAGAUAGUCAGAGCUGAUGGUAAACUGAUGAGGCAGACUAUCGCUGACGGUGUUUCCGUUGAGAAGGUGCGCGAUUCCUGGGAUAAGAUCACCGAUAUGAACAGCAUGCAACACAUGGGUAGCAUCCAGGAAGCAACAGGUGCUUUGAUGUCUUCCUUGGAAGGUUUGAGGUCCGGAGCGAAAGGUUCAAGUUCAGACGACAGCGAUGUCUACGAAUACAACGAUAAGGAUCUGAUUUUGUACGCCUUAGGAGUGGGAGCUUCUGUGGCAAAGCCCGGAGACUUGAAAUUCCUAUACGAGAACCACGAGGAUUUCUCCGCUCUACCAACCUUCUUCAUUCUGCCAGCACUUAAAUCCACGUUCUCCGUCAAAAUGGAUGAAAACCUCAUUCCAGGAAAAUCGAUUUCUUUCGAGAACAUCCUGCACGGUGAGCAAUAUCUCGAAGUCUACGAAGAUAUUGCAGCUUCCAGCAACGGUAGUUUUCGCAGCGAAAUCCAACUUGUCGAUAAACUAGACAAAGGAUCCGGAUCAGUUUUAAUUUAUGAUGUUUUAAGCUACAACAACGAGGGUAAACUGCUCUACAAGAAUCAGGUAGUAUCUUUCGCCGUUGGCGCAGGAGGCUGGGGUGGUCCUCGCCAAUCCGACAAGCUGGUACCGUGCGUACCUAAGCCGAAGCGCAACCCGGACACUUCCGUUUCCUUCAAAACGAGCGUCGAUCAAGCGGCUUUGUACAGAUUGAGCGGCGACAAUAAUCCAUUGCACAUUGACCCAAAUAUGGCUGCAAUGGCUGGGCACAAGGUACCGAUUCUGCACGGACUUUGCACUCUGGGCAUUUCCGUCAAGCUGGUCAUGGAAGCAUUUGCAGGAAACGACUUGAAGUUAUUCAAAGCAGUUAAGUGCCGUUUCGUCAAACCCGUAGUACCAGGGGAAACAUUGAAAGUUGACAUGUGGAGAGAAGGGAACAGGAUACACUUCGAAACCUCCGUUGCGGAAAGCAACAAAAUCGUCAUAUCAGGAUCUUACGUGGACUUAAACUCCGUAAUAGCAGUAGUGAAGCCAGUACAGCAAGCAGCAACAACAUCAAACAUGUCUCUCCAGAGUGAUGCUAUUUUCGAGAUGAUCGCCCAGAAGAUCAAGGAGAGUCCGGAGAAGGCCAAAUCGGUCAACGGAAUCUUCCUAUACAACAUCACCAAGGAUGGGAAAAUCGUGAAGACCUGGACCAUGGAUUUGAAGAGCUGCAAGAUCCACGAAGGCACUCCCAAGUCCGGAAAGCCGAACACCACCUUGACCAUCUCCGAUGAUGACUUCGUCGGUUUGGCCACCGGCAAGCUGAACCCGCAGACCGCUUUCAUGAAGGGAAAAUUGAAGUUGACCGGUAACGUGAUGCUCGCCCAAAAGCUUGGACCUCUGCUGAAGGCCGCCGAAGCCAAGUUGUAAAGAGCGCAGAUAGAUUCGUCCUCUUCCCAAAAGAAAAAAAAAAC